AUGAAUAAAACAUCGCACAGAAUAGAAAAAACAAGGUUUCCAGACCCCUUACGCGCUAACCAGGAUUUAUUAAAUGUAGCAAUAUACGACGUCGGGAAGAACACACGUCACUGGGACGAUGCACAAGGUGGAAAUGCUAUAGCUGUUGAAACAACGUCGUAUGCCCUUUUAACUCAACUAGCUCUAAAGCGUCGAGGGUAUGCGGGACCGAUUGUCGUUUGGCUAACGGAACAGAGAAGAGGUGGGGGUGGUUUUGUCUCUACUCAGGACACAUGUGUUGCUUUACAAGCCUUGGCAGGUUACAGCGAAGCUUCCGGUGGAGAUCAACUAAACAUGCAAAUUGAAAUAACAACUGAUAGAAAUUUCAAGAAUACAUUGAUGAUUAAUCAGAGAAAUGCUUUGGUUCAACAACGUCUUGAUUUAACCCACCAGAUUGGAGAUGAAUUAUUUAUUACAGCUAAAGAUUCUGGUGUGGCUCAACUACAGGUUCAGUUAAAGUGUAACACACCAUCGUCUGAAAAUGAAGCUUGUCAUUUUGACUUGAAUGUUACAACUAUCGAACAUGUUCGUCGAUUUUUGGACCCACUAAUAUUUGUGAUUCCAAAGAAGCCUAAGAGCUCAUCUAAAAGGAAAUGUCGCAGAAAAGGAUCAAGAAAGGGAAAAAGGUGUUCUCGUCGACGAAAGUCAAAAUGUAGAAAACGAUGUAACAGACGACGAAAUGGUGGGCGUAGAAGAAGGCCCAGACCUACAACACCCGCACGUAAAAUCUUCAAGACAAAGCUAAUCCAGGAAUAGCGAAGUUGAAAUAUCUGACCGACACGUGUAUUUGUACCUGGACAAAAUAGCCAGCACACACGCGCUUUGUUUCAAUCUGGAGUUCAAACGUGACUUUGAAGUCGGAAUAGUUCAACCUGUCCCUGUGUCCGUGUACGACUAUUAUGAUCCAGAGAAAAUAUGUACGAAGUUCUACGGUCCUAAAGUUGACAGUCGUCUUCAUGACUUCAUCUACGGACUUGCGACCAUGACUCGUGUAAAUGUGCUCAAGAUAAAUGCAGUUCCUGUAAGCCUUCUGAUGACGCCAACGUCGUGAUUAGACAGCUGUGUCGAAAAUAUCACUACAGUUUUCGAGGAGUACUACGGUCCAUUAAUGAA